AUGGGUUGUUUCUGCGCUGUUCCGGAAGAAUUUUACUGCGAAGUUUUGCUCCUGGACGAAUCCAAGUUAACCCUCACCACCCAGCAGCAGGGCAUCAAGAAGUCAACGAAAGGUUCUGUUGUCCUUGACCAUGUAUUCCGUCACAUAAACCUUGUGGAGAUAGACUAUUUUGGGCUGCGCUACUGUGACAGAAGCCAUCAGACGUAUUGGCUGGAUCCUGCAAAAACCCUUGCUGAACACAAAGAACUGAUCAACACUGGACCUCCAUAUACUUUGUAUUUUGGUAUUAAAUUCUAUGCUGAAGAUCCAUGUAAACUUAAAGAAGAAAUUACCAGAUAUCAGUUUUUCUUGCAGGUGAAGCAAGAUGUCCUUCAGGGCCGGCUGCCCUGCCCUGUCAACACUGCUGCUCAGCUGGGAGCUUAUGCCAUCCAGUCUGAACUUGGAGAUUAUGACCCUUAUAAGCAUACUGCAGGAUAUGUGUCAGAAUACAGGUUUGUUCCUGAUCAGAAGGAAGAACUUGAAGAAGCCAUAGAAAGGAUUCAUAAAACUCUAAUGGGUCAGGCUCCUUCUGAAGCUGAGCUGAAUUACUUGAGGACUGUCAAAUCCCUGGAGAUGUAUGGCGUUGACCUCCAUCCCGUCUAUGGAGAAAACAAGUCUGAGUAUUUCUUAGGAUUAACUCCAGUUGGUGUUGUUGUCUACAAGAAUAAAAAGCAAGUGGGGAAGUAUUUCUGGCCUCGGAUUACCAAGGUUCACUUCAAGGAGACUCAAUUUGAACUCAGAGUACUUGGAAAAGAUUGCAAUGAAACCUCAUUCUUUUUUGAAGCUCGAAGUAAAACUGCUUGCAAGCAUCUCUGGAAGUGCAGUGUAGAACAACAUACAUUUUUCAGAAUGCCAGAAAAUGAGUCAAAUUCAUUGUCAAGAAAACUCAGCAAGUUUGGAUCCAUAAGUUACAAGCACCGAUAUAGUGGCAGGACAGCUUUGCAAAUGAGCCGAGAUCUUUCUAUCCAACUUCCCCGGCCUGAUCAGAAUGUGGCAAGAAGUCGAAGCAAGACUUACCCUAAGAGAGUAGCACAAACACAGCCAGCUGGAUCAAACAGCAUAAAUCGGAUAACUGCAAACAUGGAAAAUGGAGAAAAUGAAGGAACAACUAAGAUUAUUGCACCUUCACCAGUAAAAAGCUUUAAAAAAGCAAAGAAUGAAAACAGCCCUGAUACACAAAGAAGCAAAGCACCAUGGGAAGAAAAUGGCCCCCAGAGUGGACUCUACAACUCGCCCAAUGACCGCACUAAGUCACCAAAGUUUCCCUACGUGCGUCGCCAAAACCCCUCCUGUGGAAGUGAUGACUCUGUGCAGCCGGUGAGGAGAAGGAAAGCCCAUAACAGUGGUGAAGACUCAGAUCUAAAGCAAAGAAGGAGGUCACGUUCACGCUGCAACACAAGCAGUGGCAGUGAAUCAGAGAAUUCUAAUAGAGAACAUCGGAAAAAGAGAAACAGAAUACGGCAAGAGAAUGAUAUGGUUGAUUCAGCACCUCAGUGGGAAGCCGUAUUAAGGAGACAAAAGGAAAAAAACCAAGUGGACCCCAACAAUAGGCGAUCCAGACACAGAUCUCGCUCGAGAAGCCCGGACAUCCAAGCAAAAGAAGAGUUAUGGAAACAUAUUCAAAAGGAACUUGUGGAUCCAUCUGGACUGUCAGAAGAACAAUUAAAGGAGAUUCCAUACACUAAAAUAGAGACUCAAGGUGACCCGGUCCGUAUCAGGCAUUCUCACUCACCUAGGAGUUACCGCCAGUACCGCAGGUCACAGUGUUCGGAUGGAGAGCGGUCAGUGCUGUCGGAAGUGAAUUCAAAAUCGGAUCUUGUACCACCACUUCCGGUGACUCGUUCUUCGGAUGCUCAGGGAUCUGGUGGCUCUACAGUUCAUCAGAAAAGAAACGGGUCUAAAGACAGCCUGAUUGAAGAAAAAUCCCUGACAUCUCCAAGCAAUCCGGCUGGGAAACACACAGCAAAAACAAUAAAAACUAUCCAAGCUUCUCGCCUCAAGACAGAAACUUGA